UGGAAAUAUUUAAUAUUAUUUUUAUAGUUCUAUUUCUAUCAGAGUCAUUUAUUGGGUGAAUAAACAUAUACCUAGGUACAAUGAUCCGGAACCCUUCAAUUGUGCGUCUGACUUGCACUGGGCCGGUAUUUGAAUUUAUCAAUAGGUAGAUUAGGUAGGUAGAUUCUUUGAUAAAUGAAACUAUAUAAUAUCCGUUUAAUCAUUUUAAUUUGAAAGUCUCCCGGGCACCCGCAACAUGGCAUUAAAAUCUGGCAUUAUCUUCGCCACCAUCCUGAUUGGAUGUUUGGCUCUUCCGGCUACCGAUUCGGAUUUGUCGCAGUUCUUCGAGCACGUAGAUGUCUCCAGUGCCCAGAACCGCAUCGUGGGGGGCAGCGUGGCCCCCGAAGGCGCCCACCCACACAUGGCUGCAAUGAUUACCGGAUCUUUAUUUAGAAGUUUGGUUUGCGGUGGCUCCAUACUCACUCAGAGGACCAUCCUCACUGCCGCUCACUGCAUCGCUGCCGUCUUCAGCGGCGGAUCGCUUAACAGUGGCCUCCGUAUAGUAGUGGGCACAAACCGCUGGGCACAAGGAGGCUCACUACACAGUGUCUCAUCCAACGUGACUCACCAGCACUACGUGUCUGCCACCAUCAAGAACGACUUGGGUGUCCUUUACACCAGCACCCCCAUCGAGUUCAGUGCCACCAUCCGCCCCAUCUUCCUUGAUUUCGAGUUGGUCGGCGCUGAUGUCGUGUCCAGAGCCGCUGGUUGGGGCAGAAUCAGACACCAAGGAUCGAUUUCAGCUCAGCUGUUAGAGCUGGAUGUUCUUACGGUGUCAGGCCCUACAUGCGUGCAAGAAGUGGCUCGUAUAGCCGCCGCCAACAAUAUUCGCCCGCCAGCGGUGGAACCCCACAUCGAGCUGUGCACCUCACACCCUGUCGGCGCCGGGCACGGCAUGUGCAACGGUGACUCCGGCAGCGCGCUUGUGCGUCGUGACCGCGGCACACAGAUCGGCAUCGUAUCGUGGGGCAUCCCGUGCGCGCGCGGUGCUCCGGAUAUGUUCGUGCGGGUCAGCGCUUACGAAGAUUGGUUCCAGACGUACAUCCGAAAUUAAAACCAUGAUAUAUUCGGCAAAAACCUCCCCCGUUUUGACAAUAAAUUUGGGAAACUGUGAUACAAUGUUUUUUAAUGAUGCCUGAACAUGCUAUUUAGCUUCGAUAUCACUUAUUCAGAUCAGGCUUAUAAAAGCACUUGUGAGUCAGGGUUUCUUCGGAUUAUAAAUACCCAAUAAGCUGGAUAAACCGAAGCUAUAGAUUAUAGCUGUUUGUCUCCGUAAGUACAGAAUUUGUCAAAUAAAAUACAAAUCUGUACAGAGUGGCCGGUCAAUUGGGUAUCCGAACAUGAAGUAAAUACAAAGAGGAGCUGCUGUAUGCAAUGUCACAGAGUUUGUACCAAUGCUGCAACAGAACACAGAAACUAGUUCUAGCUGCCCAGCAGCGCAAGAGGCGCUGAUAUAGUUUUGACUCCAUUUUCGUGGAGUUAACACGUGAACGUGUUUUCUUGUAACCUGUAAUCCCUGCCCGGUGCCUUGGACAAGUUAAAUCGUUUUUAGUAAUUUUUAUAGACAUCUUUAAAUUAAUAAUUUUAUAAAUGAGAAAAUAUAAACAUUUUAAUGUAUUAAUACCAGUACAAAUGGCAAAUAGCACCAUCUAUCGUCUAAUAGACAUACUACCCAGUGUUUCCACAAUCAGGUUUUGAUUUUGUCCUAUAUUUUUUUGAAAAUUGCCCUAAAUAUUGCCUUACGAAAAUCCUCGAUUUAGAGCAUUUUUAAUCACUUAGAAAUAUAUCAAAAACUUACUAAUUUGAUGAUAUAUGAGACAUGUCUUGUAUGAACGUCUACAUAUGUAUGACUACUACAUAAUAUAUUUCUACCACUCAUUAUAUUAUCUACAACUCCCUAUGGUUGACUGGUAGAGAAUGCCUACGGCAUUAAGUCCACCUUCGUACGCUUGUGCAAUAAGUAUUAAUAAAUAAAACUUCAAGCAAAUGACACUAAGCUAAAACUACUUACUAAAGUAAAGAUAAGAAAGAUACAUUACAUCAAAAAUUAUACAAAUAUUUUGAACUUUGUACCUUCUUAUUACAUGUCAUCGACUUAGUUUUAUUUUGUUGAUUGAUCAUUCGAUAAACAGUAUAACGAUAAAGGUAUGUAUCGUCUAGGAGGAAAUAAUAAUUUAUUGCUUUUAGGGUUCCGUGCCCGAAAGCUACUAAUGGAAGUCAAUUAGUAAGUGCACCUGUUCUUUCGUGAUCUGACUAACUCUUAGCGGCUAGUAUAAAUCAUGAAGGAAUCAAUUUCAAAAUACCUACGAUAGUUUUUUU